GUCUGCUCCAGCUCCUACCCAAGGUCCCACCAGUUCUGGGGCUGCAGGGCCACCUCCUGCUACCAAUGUGUCAAGCAACAAACGGCUGCAGCAGACACAAGCCCGGGUGGAUGAGGUGGUAGACAUCAUGAGAAUGAAUGUGGACAAGGUGCUAGAAAGAGACCAGAAGCUAUCAGAGCUUGACAACCGGGCAGAUGCAUUGCAAGCAGGUGCCUCACAGUUUGAAACUAGUGCAGCCAAACUGAAGAGAAAAUACUGGUGGAAAAAUUGCAAGAUGAUGAUCAUCCUUGGUAUAGUAUGCGCAGUCAUUCUCAUUAUAAUUAUAAUUUAUUUCUCCACUUGAAAAAGCGAAGAAGGAAGACUUGGCACAACUUUGUUCAUAUCAACCAAUGAUAUCAGUGUUCCUUUGUUGAACUCCGCUUUUUAAUUCCUGGUGUCUUGGGAUUUUUGCUUGUAAUAACCCAUAAGCAUUCAGUGUGGUGUGUUUUGGAAUUCUGUUGUUUCCACAAGAAACUGUACCAGCUAAAUACUGCCAAGUAGUUCCAUACACUGUCUUAUCACUGUGUCUUAAAAUGUGUACACACUGACCUUCAGAAACUGUAGUAUAGGAAAAGCAUCCUAAACAUCUCAGAAUCAGAGAAUGCAACUAUGGGGAAGCUGCUGCUUAAAGAGACACUGUCAGGUGGAUUGGACCCAAACCUAAGGUUGAGGCAAACAUUAGGGCCAAAAUUCUCAAUCUCAGCACCUAAAGUUGGAUGGCAAAAUCCACUAUCAGAUGUAACUUUUUGAGGUAGUGAGUAUCUGCUACUCCCAUGGAAGGGAGUGGUACCUACAAGUACUCACGUAAGACAUCUCAUUUCAACUGAGCCAAACACAGAUUUUUUGAGAUU